UAAUGGGAUUGUAUGUGAUGGGAGGAGAUGGGAGGAAAUGGUAGGUUUGUAGUUGAAGAAGAUGUGUAGAAGGCCAGAAUCGACGUUAAUGACGAAUGGAUGGAACAAACAAAUACAGAACUAGACCGGACAAAGUAUAACCCCAAUACAAUUACAUGUUGAACCCAAAUACGAGCAUACAAACCAGACGAGGCAUCAUCAACCCGAAUGUAAGCAUUAUAUCAACUUAAAUGCGAGCAGACAAUAAUAAAUUACGAUCCAGAAAUAUAAACCUUUAUGCAGUGAAGCUUCAAGAGGGAGGACUUACCUUCUAUGUUGGCUAUGUUGGCGUCUUGCUCUUGUAAAUCCUGUAACUCCUUCUCUUCAGAUGAAGCUCCACCUCUUUUUCUUUGUGGUAUCGGCACCAAGCUCUGACAGUGAUGGUGAUUAUGGCUUCUGAGAUGGUGAGGAUGAAUCAAGAGGUGAAAGGUACCAAGUUGAAGUUGGUGGGAGAGAAAAAUGGGUUUUCUGGUGAUUCUGUUGAGUGAGUAAGAUGGAAAAGAGAGUCGUGAUGGAGGUGGAUGGUGGAUGAUGAUUUUUCUCGUUUUCAGUAGUAUCUUUCUUUUUCUUGGGUUCUAAUCCUAUGUUUUUGGAAAAUGUUUCUUUGACACUCUGCCUUGACACAAUUUUGACACACCUCCACGUGUCAAAAUUCUAUUGCAUGCCAACACAUUUAAAAUAAAAUGCUUUUAAAGAGUUGCAGAAGGGUAUUUUUGGAAGAAAGUUUGUAUGAAAUUUGGAAUUGGCGGUUUAACAUUUUCAUCUUCUUCACUUUUCGAAACCAAGUCUCGCGUCUACACCAUUAUCUUUGUGAUUGUCUCAGCCAUUGGGUUCCUCUCAUGAUUUCUCUCACACCCAUUCGAAACCAAAGUUGCGCGUCUUCAUUCCUCUCUAUUGUCGCAAUGGCCUUUCUGAACCCAAAGUGGCGUGUUCGAGUCUCUGUUGAUUCAUCAAUAAUUGUUGCUCUGAAUGGGUUACUGAGAGAAGUGCAUGUAGAACGAAUUUCAAUAACACCAUUUCGUUGGUGUUUGCGGCUUCGUAAGGCUCUGGAGAUUAACUGUGAAUUAUUGAAGGUCAUGUUAUGUCGCUGGGCUGGGCAUGAUGUAAGCUUUAGGGUGAGUCAUCAAUUGGUACCCUUUAGUGUUUUGGAUGUUUUCAUGACGACCGGUUUAGACAUAGGUGGCUUAGAAGUUCCAUUUGAUGAAUGUAUAGUUGGUUUGGUAGGAGAAAUGUUUAAUUCAAAUAGCACAACUUUAUUAGAUUUGGUUGAGAAGUUUAAUGUGAUUGUUUUGGACGACAACAUUGAGGUUGAUGUUGUGUGUAGGNUGUAUAUAUUUGUUUGUUUGGUUGUNUUUUUCUUUCCUAGGAAGUCUAAGGUUAUUGCUAACAUGCCUUCAAAAGUGUUAGACGACAUAGAUAGUUUGUGUUUAUACGAUUGGGCGACCGGUGUUCAUAAACACCUUGUAGAUAACUUGAAUAAAUGUAUGAAAAAGAUAAUGUCCGGAAAGAUCGCAAGCGCACUCAGUCUUAGUGGGAAUGUGGCUGUUUUGCAGGCUUGGGCUGUAGAGAGGCUUUCUUUGGACGAUAAUCCAAGUCAUAGGAGGUUUCCUCGCAUGUUGCGUUGGUUCGCCUAUAAAACAAGAUUAUAUGAAAAAAUGGAAGAAUUGUUUAUGACUGCAGAUGUAAACUUGGAGUGGUAUAUUCGGAUUCUUGAUCGUCAAAUGCCUGAAAUUAUUGCGGCUUUUGAUAUGUUUGAAGGAGGAACAUAUUUAGGAACACAACCGAAACGAGCCAGAAUUGACGAGUUAGAUGACGAUACCUCGGAUGACGGCACGUUUGAAGCAAAUUUGGAUGAGAGAUUGAAGAAAAAUACUAAAGAAUUGAUAGCGUUGAAUUCUAGGCUUGCUUCUUUGACAAAGGAGUUAUUUGAAAUACGUCAAAGGCAAAAUUUUAAGGAAGAUGUUUGUAAUGAAGAAGUUGUUGGUGGAUGUGAUGAAGAAGCAGUGGGUGGAGUUCCUGAAGAUGUCUUCAAUGAAGAAGUUGUUGGUGGAGGUGAUGAACAACAAAUGGGUGGAGUUGCUGAAGAAGUAUUCAAUGAAAAAGUUGUUGGUGGAGCAGAUGAACAACAAAUGGUUGGAGUUGCUGAAGAAGUCUUAAAUGAAGAAGGUUUCCUUGGAGGUAAUGAUGAAGUUGUUGGUGGCGGAUUUCAAGGAGACCUCACAGUUGCCUUCGACGAAGAAGUUGGACGGGAUGUAGGAGGUGGAAAUCAUGUUCAUGACCUUAUUGAAAUUAAUGAUGAUGGAGAAGCGGAGGCACCAAAAGCAUUGGUUGUCGCCCCUCUGCGCGCUAUUGUUGGUGAUCCAAGGUCUACCAUCAAUAUUGACCAAUUGUACGUCGCUGUCAGCGUUAGAGAUAGAGCAUAUAGGAUCGUCUGUGAGAUAAUUGGGCAGACACUGAGCACAACAUCUAUUAAUACCUUAGCUCCUUACAAAUACGUUGAUAACAUGUUGGUUCUCUUUGCAACCACCAUAUUUAUGCACUACGAGAAAAGGAGGACCGGGAUUGUGAAGAGGAUCCUUUUCAGUUCAUUAUAUGCGGACCUUAUAAUCAAUGAUUAUUUGAAAAAGGAUAAAAAUNGACGUGUUUUCAGUCUUCACAAUUACAGCAGCUGUUUGCGUNCCNAAUACUUUGGCCUUCAAGACAUUGCAACAACUGACUUUGUUUUUCUUCCAUUUUGCCAUGACUAUCAUUGGUGGUGCUAUGUAGUCAAACUUAGCACAUUAGAGAUAUAUGUUCUGGACUCUUUGGUGAAGGCUGUAAGAAACCGGAAAAAGAUAGACAUUCAUGUGGGUGAAAACCUUGCUCGAUUUUUUUGCAUGUUGUACAACAGACCGGAAGGCAGUAUUGGACCUCUGUCUGUUGUACAAGCAAACAUCUCAUCCCAACCAAAUCUGCAUGACUGUGGAGUUAUAAUGUUACAAGCAAUGCAAAUUUGGGAUGGUUCGAAUAAAUUCAAUGGGAAAAGCAUGCCAAAUUACUCUAAUGAGGAAUUGCUUGCAAUAAGAAAGCAAUACGUAGGUGAUUGGAUCUUGGAUAACGACAACAUAAGAAUACUAGAUGCGCUGGAGGUGUACGGAUUGUUGUAGGACAUUUGUUGUUUUGUAAAAAUGUAGGGCAGUUUGUUUUUGUAUAGUUUGUUAGAUACACAAACGUAUAUGAAUACAUUGUGGAAAUUAUUAUUGUAAUAAUAUUAUUGAUUUCAAGGUUCU